AUGGUCUUUCCAAUUGUAAUGAUACAUCACCGGGCAAAUGUCUCUAAAACUGUCCCCCUAGCGUUGGUCUCACCUUCCUUGCUUGUUGGGGGUAAACAAAUAUUGGAUGGGGUCCUGAUCGCCAAUGAAGCUAUUCAUAGUUGGAAACACUCUGUUCAAGGAGGUCUCAUUCUUAAAUUGGAUUUUGAAAAAGCGUAUGACUGUGUAAAUUGGGGUUUUCUACUUUAUAUGCUUAAGAAGGCAGGUUUUGGGGAUAAGUGGUGUGGGUGGAUCAGAGAGUGUUGCUCCACAGUUUCUAUGUCUGUUUUGAUUAAUGGGUCAGCUACACAGGAGUUCCAAACUCAGAAAGGAUUGAGGCAGGGGGACCCCUUAUCUCCUUUUUUGUUUAACGUAGUAGCUGAAGGACUCAAUAUUUUGUUGGAAAGAGCUCGAGAGAAAAACAUAAUUAAAGGCGUCAAGCUAGGGAGUAAUGGAGUGACUAUUUCUCACCUUCAGUUUGCCGAUGACACAAUCCUUUUUUGCAACAAUGAUUUGGAGGAGAUGGGGAACAUUAAGAGAAUUCUCAGGUGCUUUCAGUUAAUGUCCGGUUUGAAGAUCAAGUAUUCUAAAAGCUUCGUUUGUGGUGUAAAGAUUCAGCGGGAGGAUGUUCAAGCACUUGCACAAGUGAUGGGGUGUAGGGUGGAAUCUUUGCCAAUUAAAUACCUUGGGCUUCCGUUGGGUGCUAAUCCUAAGAGAAUCAAAACGUGUGGCAGUUGCAAAAAUGCUGGAGAAGUUACAAAGGUUGUUCGUGGGAAAUAUAAUCUGGAUCGGAGGAGUUGGCUCCCAUAUACUCCACUCUCUGGAUCAGUUUCUAAUAUAUGGAAGGACAUAUGCUCAGUUGGGGAAAAUGACUCGGUUCUUGGGUUUUCUAUUCGGGAGGGGUUCAAGGUGCAAGUAAACUCUGGCUGCGAUACACUAUUCUGGGAGCAUAUAUGGUUGGGCAAUACUGCGAUUAAGGAUGAAUUCCCAAGACUAUAUGGACGUUCUACCCAACAGAAUGAGCAUCACCAAUUUGAGGAGUUGAAGCAAAGAUUGAAUGGGGUGACCUUAGAUCCUUCAAAAUCUGACUUGAUGCAGUGGAACUGGACGGCAAACAAAAUUUUCUCUGUUAAGUCGGUCUAUCAGAAGUGGGAAAUGCAGUCGCAAUCACGCCAUACUACUCUGGGAUCGGUGUGGAGAAAUUUGAGCCCUCCUAAAGUGGAAAUCUUCUCAUGGAUGGCCAUUCAGAAUAGAAUUGCAACAUUGUCGAUUCUUCUUGAUAGGAAUCUAAUCCCCGAGGUUCACUUGGCUGCAUGCCCCUUGUGUGCCCUUCAUGUGGAAACUCCUCAACACUUGCUAUUACAUUGUCGAUUUUCGUGGGUGGUAUGGUCUGAAAUUCUGAAUUGGUGGCACAUCCAGUGGGUUUGUCCAGCCUCAUUGGAAGAGUUAGCAAGUUGGUGGUUUGGGAAUAGAUUCCGAAACUUGGAGAAAAAUAUUUGGGAAGUGUGUUUUUUUGCAACGUUAUGGUCAAUUUGGUUAACGAGGAAUGGGUAUAUCUUUAACGGGAUAACAACUGAGGCUCUGGAGGUGGCGGACCUAAUUAAAACUAAGGUAGCCAUGUGGAUGAAGGCCAAAUUUGACAUCAAGCUCUACACGGUAGAGGACUUCAAAGGAUAUUUGGAUGGGAUCCGAAAAGUGAAAAUGUAUGGUGAGGUAGACAAAGAGGGUAGUCAGUGA